UCGAAUCCUAUCGAUCAAGUUGCAAUGUGGCCAUUAGUCUAGGUAACUUGAAAUUGCGUGCACUAUGUUGAGAUAAGAUGGUGGUUGAAGGUAGUCGACAGGUAACCAUGUACCCAGGUUUCGUGUUACUUGGCACUCGUCAGCAAGGUGUACUUGUAAUCUUGAGGCAACUGAUGCUCCCUGACGAAUUCAACCCCGUGACACACAUGACAUUGAUCACCACCCAGUUAUCAAUCAAUUGUAAAUACAUCUCAGUUCUACAGGAGGUUAGUCGCCUCUCGGAUAGCUUAGCUGUAACGUAUCUGACUCUGAAGCUGGGUGACACGGGAUCGAAUUUAUCACAGAGUACUAGUUCCCUCAAGAUUAUGGACAAACUUAAUCAAUGUUUCUGUGGUUAAUUACUCGAACAUUCCUAAACAAAAAGUCCCCGAAAUAUUGGUAAAUACCC